UUCUUGUGUGCGUUUGAAGAAGCUCCUGAGCUCCGAGGCUCCGUAGUGCUGAAAGGACAGCUCCUCCGCUCUCUGACAUCUGCAGAUAUGUUCACCCGGAUGUUAAAACUGAGACUUCUCAACGCUGUAGCACCUGCGUACUUUUUUACGGCUACAGCAGUCACCUUCAUUUUUCACUUUGGCUUCUUCAUUCCAACAAUUUUCCCAAGUCAGGGUACAUCACUGGACGGGUCCAAAGUUUUACAUACAUUGGUUCUUGGCGUGGCCUUUCUAACAGUGGAGUACUCUCUCUCUUUUGAGAACCCCCUGACCUUUUUGACUCUUCUCCCGUUCUCCACUGGUUACUUCUUCAUGGGAACAAUCUCAGGCCUGCAGUUGUUCCUGGUGCUGAUGCUGUACGUGUGGCUGGGCAUCGGUUUGGUGUGUGCAGGUUUCUGUUGUCAGCAGGUGCUGCUGGUGGCCCGGGGGCAGACAUGGUGUCAGAUGCAGAGAGGGCAACUUGCAGAGAAUUGCAACCCCUGGAGAGCUAACCUCAAGGACGUCUUUGGAGCCCGCUGGAUGCUUGGCCUUAUACUGCCUGUGCAGACAGUAGAGACGUGCUCUGAAGACGCAGAUGCCCAUAAAGAGGACUGAAGAAAAACCUCGUAUCGUAACAAUAGCUCCCCACAGGUCAAAAAAGUGACACAUGUUGUAGAAAAUGCUGUCUAAAGACCCAUGUGGUGAACGAUUUUGAAUACAGAGAGGAUGCUUUUUGACGUUUCAAAUAGUCUGUGAAAUAGCUGUUAGCACACAUUCCUUUAAGGACAGGAGCCAUACAAGCAAUGUGAAAUAAGCGCGUAGUCUAAGUGUAUCCUUUAGGUAGCUUUUUAAGAAGGCAAUAUUAAGACAAAUAAGUUGGUCAUUUUUGGAAAUCCAGCAGUUUUACUUACACUACUAUAAACGCUUGCAUCAAAAUAUAAAGAUGGCUUUGCAUGCCUUCACAGCUUUGCAAUUUUGUAUUAUUUGACAGCCUGUGCCAUGCGGUGCUCUGAGAUUAUCAAAGUGCAAUGUUCUUCCACACAUCCUAUUAAGAUGCUACAAAGCGACGUUCAGGAAACUCCGGGUCGUUUUCGUGACAAUGACUCACGUUUGUCGUUAAGGGCUAUCAGACAAGGAAACCGUUUGUCUGCAGCAUAAACUGCCAGGCUUGACAAUACUGUUGUGACAAUUACACGUUUAGCCUGAUGUACUCUACUCAAAGUAAUGUGACUCAGGCAGUGUGAAGAGGGAAUGCUCCUUUGGAAAAAUGGGUGGGGAAGAUGAUUAAUAUACGAUUAUCCAGGGUUAUUAUUCACAAUGUGCCAUAAAGUCAUUUCUUAUUUGCUUAUAGCUGACCCCAAAGAUGAGGUAUUCACUACACUGCUAAUAAUAAGGCGCUCUGCAUAAUAAUAUUAUUAAGGACUUUUCACUGUUAUUCUGUGACUCCAGCUACGAAUACACUGCUCAUGUCGAACAGGUUUUGGGUUUCAAUAAGUAUACUUUCUAGAGAUAUUUUGUCUAUUCCUGUUAUACCAAUAAAAGUAUUCAA